AUGUUUUCAAUAUCUGGCGACGAGUACUCCGUGCUAUCGCCAAUUGGACCUUCCAUGAGUUUAUCAAAAUUUUUCUUCCUCGAUGUUGGCCUUGUUGGUCAUGAUGUAGAAGAGCAGGAUCGUGCUAGUUGCUUCGAGGUGUGUGCACAGGAAGAUUGCGGGUUGUCUGAGUCGCACUCGGUGGUUGACUCCGAUGAUGAAGUCGGCCAGUUGAAUGGUAUAGUGGACACACGUCUCAGAGAGCUUUCGGAGCCGGUUGCAAAGCUUGACGUUGAAUUGGUGGUUCGCCAUAGCGAGGUAGGCGUUGAAGAUCAAAAACGGCUUGUAGAUCAUCAUCUUCAGAUACAGGUAGUAUGUGCGGAUCCAGAACCAUUCGCGCACGGUGUUGCUGUCCAUCUGGAGAUGAGCAUCCAGAUCAGAGCUUGUGAGCACUUUUUGCGGCGUGCUGUAAUAGUCGUUGUCGAUCUCCAUCGACAGUCUAUCCACAGCCUCCAAUGCCCCAUACAGACCCUUGUGUUUGGCGUAGUAGAGCUCUGUCUGGAUGGUGCUGCACUUGGUACCGAACCGGCGGCGGAUUUGCAUGUGGUUGCUGUUAAUUGCAAACCGGUUCUUUUCGCCAUAACCGGGGGCAGAAAACACGGACUCCUCUGGCGGGUCAGGAACGUUCUCGUCGCGGCAGCAGCUCGGACGCCCAAUAUAGCAUCCCCAGAACUUUUCCCAAUGCCAGACGCAGAUCCACACGCGCGACUGGCGCGCAGACUCGUGGCUGGCCGUCUGAUGCAACCCAAUCGCAGUGGCCACUCGCACCGCGUACCCAAUGUACAGGUACGACUGGGAGGUGUCUCCAAGAUUAGCUGCGCUCAGGCUCAUCAGAAACAGGACCUGCACGGCGUCGAAAGACACCUCGGUGAAGAUAUGGGGCACGGUGCUCUGUGCCAGGAUGAAAAACCCUCGGGCCAGCGAGAGCGUUUUCUCGCCGUCAGCGCUCUUCUCGAAAUACGCCGAAGCGGCCCCGAUUGA